CAAUUCGGAUGGCAUCACAUAACAUCGAAUUGAUAACUCUCGAAGGCCUAGAGGGCUGCUGGAUUUGCCGGUUGCGCAAGAAGCGAUGCCAAGUUGUCAUCAUGGACAGGAAUCGUCCUUGCUUCGAUUGUUCAAGAUUCGGCAUCCGAUGCAAGGGCCGCGGGCUUCCUCGGCCGAAAAUUGAUAAAGGGCGAUGUAAGUUAAUGACUGAGGACAUCAAGUCACGGAUUCGCAAUAGCAGCCGUGGAAGUACAUCAGGCGGUCUUUUGGAAAUCUUUCCACGCGAAGGCGAGGAGGCCGAGAAUAUGGAAGGCUUCGACUUCAACCAAGUAUCACGAAGUCUAAUGUCUCCAUUGGCCGCCCCCGAAGAGGACAGUGCGCACGUACACGGAACCUAUCCCAAUCACAAAGAUGCUAAUGCCAGCUCUUCCAAUCGGUCCACUGCCAAUUUUGGGUCUGCAGCAAAACUACCAAUUUUAGGAUACCAAGCUGUGCGGCACUGGAACCUAAAUGUUCCAGUCACCGGUGCGUCGCGCCCGUUAUUUUCCGUGGAUGCAGCGGCACUAGCAUGUUUUCAGGGGAACAGGUCGGAAUAAAUCCCCUGCACGGACAGCGCAGCAAUACGGCGUCUGAGUUGGACCAUUGUGCUUUCGAGGUUGACAAUCCAGUAUUCCUCGAUCCUGGACUGCUCUUGGGUGAUCACGAAGGAUUGUGGGCAAGUCGAACACCGGUUUCCGAUGCCCUUGGUGGUAAUUCAACGCCAGACAUUUAUUCAUCGGCGUCUAAUUAUUGGGAAUCCGUAUAUCGAGGUUUUCUGUCCGGAAGUCUAUAGAAACAUUGCGUCGGGGCGUUAAGUCACCACAUCGAGCAUAGCAAGGUGAUAGUUGACCGUGAUGGGAAGUCGGGGCCCCGUAGUUUGAUGAAGUAUGCUCUGCGAUGGUUGCACCCGCAGGAGAUCCAAUUUUUAACUGUCUAUACAUCGCU